AUGCUGGUGCAAAAUGAUGUUUUGUUUUGUUUAAUCCAAGCUUUGAAACAUGAUGUUAAUUGUUAUUACCCAAAUUAUAAACAGACUCUAUUAUUAGAUCGCUUUGGUGAGGCCUUGUUCUUGUUUGCAUCAACACAGAAGAACAAGAUGAUACGCAGCAAUCACUUCAUUGUUCAAUGGAUUAAAGCUAGGGCUAGUAAGAAGAACGAAUCUUUACCUUGUCUUCGUCCUUCUUAUGCAGUAACUUCAUAUCGUGCUACACUCGGAACAAAAUAUCGACGAGAUAGCCGUCGAGGAGUUCAUAUCAUAUCCAUGGCGAUAUCUCACGCCCUGCAGCCGUUGCUUCCUUUUCACCUCCUUGUGUCACUCUUUGUCUUACCAACUAUUUUCGCCGCCUCUGUCAGCGACUUCCGAAUCUGCCAGAAUUCUAAGCAGCCUCCCAUUAAAGUCAACGCUGUGGAGGUCUCUCCAUACCCAUUUACGAGUGGCACUAACGCAAACUUUACCAUAACCGGUUUUACAAGCCAAGAAAUACCUAAUGAUGCAGAAGUAAGUGUAGGACUCACUUCUGAUGGGACACUCGGCACGCGGUCACUUGUAACCACUUUAAAACGUUACUCCUCCCUCUGCGAUAUAACGUCAUGUCCUGUUGCACCUGGCUCCAUUGUGCUCACUUUCUCAAACAUAUUCAUUCCACAAGACUUACUACACCUCAUAGGAAAUGGAUACUAUGUUCUUGUCCGGAGACUCGAAAUGAAUAAUUCAUAUGAGCCCAUGAUGUGCAUCAUGCUCAAAUGAACUACUAAUUAAGGCGUACGUCUCUGUGUUUCAAGUUUUAUUUCUCUCUCGUUACUAUUUGUAUUGGAACC